CUGGCGCUCUCCUUGGCGCACUGUCCCCAUGUCUCUAAAUUCGUCCGCUUUGUACAUCCCUGUAGUUACACCACCGACGCCUGCACCGUCUCCAGGUCCAGGAUUACCCCCACAACACUCGUUCAAUUCUCUAUACAGGCAAGACUUUUCUAUUCUUUCUCCUUACCAGCGACGACAGUUCCUAUCGGCCAUUCUGAGCGAGUGCACACCUGACGAACUACUCUUUGUGUCAACAACCGUCGCGCCUCUCCUGAAGAGGGAUUUUCUACAAGAUCUGCCUCCAGAACUUGCGAUUCACAUCCUUGGCUUCAUCGAUGACCCUCGUUCCCUUCUCAAGGCGGGCCAAGUCAGUCGGUAUUGGCAUAGUCUCGUCUUAGAGGAAUACCUGUGGAAACACAUGUGCGAGGUGUACAACUUCGGCAUCGAGGAAGACUGGGAGCUUUCCGAUCCCUCGAGAAAUUACGUGCAACCUCUAAGCCCUAUAUCUCCUUCACCGAACCACGAGCCACGGCCAUCACUAUCACCUGUCCACAAGAUCUCGUACCGCAAUCACUACAAGCUUUCCUACGUGACAUUAACGAAAUGGCGCACUGGCGGCACCCUGCUACGUCGCAUUCCCCUCACAUCACACCACCACCUCCCGAACGAUGCAAUGCAACCACCCGUGGCGAAUCCAUCGUCUGCCGUACCAACUUCGAUUGCGCUCGAUGUCGACUGGCUCGUUAUCGGCCUCGCAAAUAGUCGAAUUCACAUCUUCAGUGCGCGCACUGGCGUGAGCUGCCGCACCCUCGUUGGUCACAGCGCUGGCGUGUGGGCGGUCGCGCUCGUCAGGGCUGGCGGCGAGCGCAUAGAUCCACCCAUCGAUGAGCGUAUGCGUGACAUGAAGAUCAACAGGAUAGGUUCGGGCAACCGGAGGAUCAGAACGGAGGAAGGCAUCUCGGCGAGCUCGACGCUAUCGUUUGCAAUGCGCGCCGCCCUGGGGCUGGAUCGGAUGCCAUCGGAAGGGCCGAAGCUCUCGAACAAGACUUCACAUGAGUCGUGGCCACAUGGACGGCCAAGUGAACCAUCAGGAACCUCUGAGGGCUGGGGACAACCAAACGCGUUAGUGGUCAGCGGAGGCUGUGAUAAGGAUCUGAGGGUAUGGGACGUUGUUUCUGGAUUCUGCAUAUACGCGCUCAAAGGCCACACUUCAACGAUUCGCUGUCUGAAGGUCCUGCACGGCCGCCCAAUAGCUGUAACAGGCUCGCGCGACCGCACUCUACGUGUAUGGGACAUCCAGCAUGGUAAAUGCCUACGUGUGCUUGAGGGGCACGAAGACAGUGUUCGAAGCAUCGACGUAUGUGGGAACAAAGUUGCGAGCGGCAGCUAUGAUUUCACCUGCCGCCUGUGGAACAUUGACACAGGCGAGUGUCUGCAUAUCAUGCGGGGACAUCACCAUCAGAUCUACUCUGUCGCAUUCGAUGGCGUACGGAUCGCCAGUGGAGGCAUGGACACGACGGUGCGAGUGUGGGAUGCCGAAACUGGGACAUGUGCCGCACUCCUCCAAGGCCACACUGCCCUCGUCUGCCAAGUGCAGCUCCACAACAACAUACUCGUCACCGGCGGCUCCGACGGGCGCGUCAUCAUCUUCUCCAUCGUCCCGGGCACCUGUACCUCCAGCCCGUCCUCGCCCCCGCAGCUCACCGUACAGGACUCGAUCUCCUCGCAGUUCUCACGCUCGUUCUCUAUGCCGUCGCUGCUGGCGCCCCAGCCGCCGAGCCCGCCGAGGACCGCGGCCGCGGCGAAGCCGUUCAGCAUCGUGCAGCGCCUCGCGGCGCACGACAGCAGCGUGACCGGGCUCCAGUUCGACUCGCGCUUCCUCGUAACGGGUGGGAACGACGGGCGGGUGCGCCUCUUCGAGUUCCACAAGGACGCCUCCGCGGGCGCAGAGGGUGGAGCGGGCGGGCUCGGUGGCAAGUUCGAGUAUGUGCGCGAGAUGAGCGACGCGUGCGAGAGCGUGUGGAAGGUCGCGUAUACGGAGCACACCUGCGCGAUCAUGUGCAAGCGUGCGGGCAAGACGCAGGUCGAGAUAUGGAGCUUCAGGCCGAACGGCGCCGAGGCGAAGGACUGAGCAUCAUCGCGUCGAGAGGUUAUAGUUUUAUGGACUUCCGGCUUCCGGACUGUGUCUUUCGGUUUGUGGAUUGUCGCUUCGGCUUUAACUGUUCCUGGACUCGCUCAUGCUCUAUCACUCAUUUCUGGUCUGCUUCUGUAGCAAUAAUACUUAAUAAUGUAAUGGCGUGCACUCUCCGUUGUGGACC